AUGGGCCCAGUGACUAGAUACGGCUACGGAAGACAUUACAAACUGAUCGCGGACCAUCCAUCCACUAUCACCAUGUUUCUCAAGGUGUCGUUCUGCGUCUUGUACAUGCACAUAUUCAUACCCUCGCGGGUCCUCAAAUCAUUAUGCAUCGCCCUCAUCAUACUGCUGAUCAUGGAGUGCGUCGAAGAGAUCAUAGUGGUCAUUCUACAGUGCCGACCCGUGCACGUGGCAUGGGAUCCAACCAGCACUGGCCACUGUUUGAAUAUGACCCUGUUCUACUACAUCAGCUUCGGCAUCAAGUUAGCGACGGACAUUGCAAUAUUCGUUCUGCCAAUUCCUCCCUUGCUCCGGCUCCGGGUUCGUGGCCUCCAGAAGUUCGUGGUUAUCCUAAUGUUCGCGCUGGGGUUACUAGUCUGCGUGACGAGCAUCAUUCGCGUGACGUACAUCAAAAACUUCAGUCCAGACCAUACAUGGUUUCUAGUCGCUCCGCUCAACUGGUCCGCGGUAGAAGUCUGCGUUGCAAUAUUCAUAUCAUGUCUACCCUCACUCAAGACCUUGAUUACGCUCCGUUGGCACAUAGCCAGCCGUGUUGUCUCGAGUAACAGGGACAGUCCUACUGAUUCUCCGUCCACGCGGAUCCGCACCUUUCUCCUGGGAAGAUGCAAAGACGCGGACCAUGAGCAGCGGCAUAUGUCUCCUGAUGGAACUGCUGGCGACGGUAUUCUCCUUUCAGAGAACCAUGUCCGUACGGUAGACAACGCUUCCAGUAAUUUUGUCGCAGGGAUACUGAUCGCAAAGGCCAAUGCGUGUACUAUCCUACAUUCUAUUGAAAGAGUUAGUCCUAUAACAUCAACCUAUCGAACGAUGCUAAAUGAACCGACUAACGCUAUUGGCGCAUUAUUAGCCGGGAUCUGCCCAGCGGAUAUUUACCCCUCUUUAAAUACGAUUCCCCAUGUCAGGGACAUCCUGGAGACCCCAGUAACUAGACUGGUCAAUCCUGACAUGUCGACUCAAACAAUAUCACUCGAAAGCCAGGCUCUUCGAGUCAAAGUCCGUAUUGACAAGGAUGGGGCAGCUUUCUUACAAGAGGUGCUGCCUCUUCCUGGCACUUCGCCGACCCCCGCGUUCAAGAACUUCAGUGACUCGUAUGCGCCCUUGGUAGAGGUGAGGCUGGCCGGAGAAGGAACCGAAAGAAACAAGUCCUCCAAAAGUCUCGUGGGGAGCUAUGUCGGCGCUCGUCUGCGGUAUCAGUCCCAUGAGAUUGAUACCGCUGCAGACAGCCAGACACUCCAUGUUCGACUGAAGGAUGGUGUUUCCGGGCUGCUGGUGACCUCGCACCUCACGGUUUACGAGAGAUUCCCCGUGCUACGUGCGAUGGUGACCAUCCAGAACGGUGGUGACAAAGAUCUCGCCGUCACGCAGCUCACAUCGCUGGUCCUUGGUGGGUUGUCGACGGGUUCAGAGAGAUGGUGGCACGAGUAUACGCUCUCUGUACCAAAGAACUCGUGGUUCCGAGAAGCCCAGUGGGUUGAACACGACCUGCCCAGUCUUGGAGUUGAUGAUUGUGGUGUCUAUGGACGGCCUGAUGAGCAUUGGGGAAGUCUGGGGCACUAUUCGGUAUCCAACCGCGGCACCUUUUCCACAGAAGGACAUCUUCCCAUGGGGCUUCUGAAGCAUGUCAACGGCAAAGAUACCUGGCUCUGGCAGGUCGAGAACAAUGGCUCGUGGCGAUGGGAGAUAGGAGACUGGAAGGACAGCAUUUAUCUAGCUGCUGGUGGGCCGGUAGAGACCGAGCAUGACUGGAGGGAGAGGCUCGCUCCAGGAGAGGAGUUUACUACCGUGCCUGUAGCGCUGUGUCAUGUUCAGGUUGACUACGAGAAAGCCUUUGCAGCUAUUACCCGGUACAGACGCCAGAUCAGACGCAAGCAUCGAGACCAUGACCGAUUGCCGAUCAUCUUCAAUGACUACAUGAACUGUUUGAUGGGUGACCCCACCGAGGAGAAAAUCUUAGGGCUUGUAGAUCCUGUUGUCAAAGCAGGCGCAGAGUAUUUUGUGAUUGACGCUGGCUGGUACGCCGAUGAUUCCGGUUGGUGGGACGAUGUUGGGCUAUGGGAGCCGUCUCAGAAGAGGUUUCCAUCGGGAUUCGGGAACCUUUUGAGUCAGAUCCGAAACAAAGGACUGAUUCCCGGCCUAUGGAUUGAACCUGAAGUCAUUGGGGUCCGCAGCGUCGUGGCAAAGCAGCUCCCAGACGAAGCGUUCUUCCAGCGGGAUGGCCAUCGCGUCGUGGAGAAGAACCGAUAUCAACUCGAUUACCGACAUCCUGCCGUCCGAGAACACAUGAGCGCAGUCAUCCACCGUCUUGUGACUGAAUAUGCCGUUGGCUACUUCAAGUUCGACUACAAUAUCGAUGUCACGCAAGGGACAGACAUCAACUGCUCAAGUCCUGGCUCCGGCCAACUAGAGCAUAACCGGGCGUACCUUCACUGGGUAAACGAGUUGCACGAUCGUUACCCUGACCUCCUGAUCGAAAACUGCUCCAGCGGCGCCCAGCGAAUGGAUUACGCCAUGUUGGUGGUCCACGCACUCCAGUCGUCGAGCGACCAGCAAGAUCCAGAGCGCUACCCGGCCAUUGCGUCGGCUCUCCCUACCGCUGUUACUCCAGAACAAGGGGCCAUAUGGGCCUACCCGCAGCCGGCGUGGGAUGACGAGCUUAAUGCGAUGACCGUGGUUAAUAGUCUCCUGGGUCGUAUCCAUCUAAGUGGACGUUUAGACCUUCUUCGGCCGGAGCAGUUUAAUUUGCUCAAAGAGGGCAUGGAUGUUUAUAGAGAUAUACGGGCUGAUUUGUCAACAGCAACCGCAUUUUGGCCUUUGGGUCUUCCAAGGUGGCAUGAUGAUUGGUUCUCACUGGGUAUGGCUGUGACGCAGCGCGAUGGCGAUGCUUACAAGUGUUAUUAUCUUUCCGUCUGGAGACGAGGAGGUCCUGAAUCCGUUGACCUGCCUGUCAAAGCACUCUGUGGUAGGGCUGUUAGCACUGAGAUCCUUUAUCCUACCAGGCUUCCUGCGACGAUUGAAUGGCUGUCUAACAAAGGUUUAUUGAAAGUCACUAUUCCGUCUGAAAUGGGAGCUCGACUUAUCAAGCUGACAGCAAAGUGA